UCCAAUGCUAUCCAUCAACAAGUUCUAAAGUUUAUUUAAGUCUCACUGGUUUCAGAACAGAACACCAAGGAAAAAGAAAAAAAAAAAACCCAAAAACAUAAACCCACACAUUUUUGUUCCUAACUCUUUUCAGAACUAGUUCACAGAAACCCAGUCAUUCUUUUCCUUUUUAUUCUCUCAACUUCUCCAAAUGAGUCCAUCUUUAAUACUCUCUCUGCUUCUUUUGUCUCUUCUCCUUUCUGACGUUCAAGGGAUUCGUUUGGAUAAAGCGUUCAAGUCAGCUGGAAUAGCUGGACAAAAUAGAAUCCAGAAGGAAGAAACUGGUUCAGCCAAGAGAAAUACUAAUGGUGGUGGUAUUGGAGAGGAUAUUGUGUGCAAAGAUGGAGAGUGUUCAGGAAAUAAUAGAAAACUUAUCAGUGUGACACCCUCUACUACCACUACCGCCAGUUCCAAGAGAGAGAAGAAUGGAACAAAUAAAGCAGAACCAAUUUCAAAUGACGAAAAGGGUAAUAGACAACGUGUUGAGGAAGAGAAUUUCACCGUCAAAUCAUCGGAAGCCACUUCUGAUGAUGAGCACCGGGAAGGCCCAUACGAGCAAUAUCCAGACAUAGUAGACAUUGCUGAGAUGGACUAUUCUCCAGCAAGGAGAAAACCUCCAAUACACAACUAAAUGUAGGAGACCAAAAAAAAAAAAGUGAGAGAGAUAAUUUAAAAGUUUGUAGGCCAAAAUAAAAAAAUGGGAAAUAGCUAGAAAAGUUAAACAGCAUUACAGAAAUGCUGCAGUUUUUUAGGGCUAUAUAGGAAUGAUUUUUGUACAUACUAUAUUUAAUUAUUUAAAAUUUAAUAAUUACUAUGAUUUUAUGAACUA